AGAGAGAGAGGAAAGAAAAAAAACAAAACAAAAAAAAAAGUGUUUCCCUGGCUGAGCUUGGAUGUUUUCCUUUCGCUUUGCGAAGUUUUCCCAGGCCAGGCUCCAUUCCCUGGCGUGCUCCGGAGCAGGGCGGGACGGCGGGGCUGGAGCGGGCGGCCGAGCCCGGAGCGGCGGCGAGCGGGGCCCGGAGCGCCGGGAAAGGGCAGCUGAUGUCCCUGCCGAGCCCUGCAUGGCCCCAGCAGGACGAGCCCUCCCCCUGCGGCACCACCGGGGCGCUCCCCCCGGCCUCGUCCGACAGCGACUCCGGCUGUGCCCUGGAGGAGUACCUGGAGCCCCCCGAGGUGCCGCCGUGCUCGCCCCAGCCGGGCUCUGCCUGUGACCGGACGCGGCUCCGCGCCAGAGCGCUCCUGCAGCAGCUGCCCCCCCAGGACUGCGAUGAGCGCUACUGCCCCGGCCUCGCCGAGGAGGAGCGGCGCCAGCUCCGCGCCUUCAGCGCCCGCCGCCGACAGGAGGCUCUGGGACAGGGCCUGGCGUGCCCCGUGCCAGGGCCCUGCCACGGCUGUCCCUGCAGGAAGUGCGGCCGGAGGCUGAACAAAGGGGACCCGGGGGUUUCUGCGUCUCGCCUGGGCGACCAGUUCUGGCACCCGUCCUGCUUCUCCUGCCACUUCUGCCAGCAGCAGCUGGUGGAUCUCAUCUACUUCCAGCAGGAUGGGAGGAUCUACUGUGGCCGGCACCACGCCGAGCUCUUCCGACCCCGCUGUGCCUCCUGCGACCAGCUGAUCUUCAUGGAGGAGUGCAUCGAGGCCGAGGGCCGGCGCUGGCACCUGGAGCAUUUCUGCUGCCUGGAGUGCGACGAGCCCCUGCGCGGGCAGCGCUACGUGAUGCGCAGCGGGCGGCCCUGCUGCAGGCGCUGCUUCGAGAGCCUCUUUGCCGAGCCGUGCCAGGCGUGCGGGGACCCCAUCGGCGCUGACAGCGAGCGGGUCACACACCAGGGGCUGCACUGGCACGCCCGAGCCUCCUGCUUGUGCUGCAGCCUGUGCCGGGCCCCGCUGCGGGGACAGCCCCUCACCUGCCUCCGCGGCCGCCUCUUCUGCUCCGACUCCUGCAGCCGCGGCCAGGACGGCUCCUCCACCGCCUCCGACUCCUCGGACUCCGCUUUCGCCUCCGCUCCGUCCCCCGAGUGCCCGCCCGUGCCCCGGGCCGGAGCCGCCGGCCGGAGCUCGGCAGCGGGGGGCGGCCGGCAGAGGGGGAAGGGGAUGAGGCGUUCUCAGAGCAGCCCCCAGUGCACCCCGCCUUCAGGAGCCCCGAGGAUCUCGGAGCAGCCCCACGGGAGCGGAGCAGUGACACUGCCAAGGAGCACCCAGGGGUGCUGGGACCCCCAACCAACCACCCCUCAGCCCCCCAGCCCGGCCCAGAGCCACCCAACGAGCCCAGAGCCCUUCUGGGGUCCCCUGAACCCCGAAGAGCUGCAGGCAAUGGAAACCCAGAGCUCCAGGCGGGCACCUCCCGUCCCCGACACAGCGCCCGGGCAGGGCAUGGCACAGAGGAGGAGGAGGAGGAGGAGGAGGAGGAGGACUCCUGGUGCCCCACCUGCUCCUCAUCUUCGGACUCAGACUCGGAGGAGGAGGGUUUCUUUUUCGGGAAGCCCAUCCCCAAGCCCGGCAUGA